GAACUGAUCCUUCUCAGUUACUGUGAACACUGGUCUUGUGUGUCUCCUUUCAAUGACAUCCCUGUUCAACUCCUCCCAGGAGAUAGUGUUUGUGCUGCAUGGACUGAAUGAGACACAGACAAACAGACACAUCUACUUUGUAUUUAUUCUGAUCCUAUAUCUCUUGACCAUUUUUAUGAAUCUUGCACUGAUUUUUACAAUUCUUCUGGAGAAAAUGUUACGUGACCCAAUGUAUUUAUUCCUCUGUAAUCUGUGUGUUAAUGGUGUUGUUGGAGCUUCAUCUUUUUACCCCAAAAUGCUUUACGAUCUUUUCUUUGACUGUCAUGUGAUAACAUACAUUGGGUGCUUGACCCAGAUAUUUUUCAUCUCCUUCUAUGUUUACUGUGAAUUUGCCAACUUAACAGUGAUGGCUUAUGACAGAUAUGUUGCCAUCUGUAAGCCACUCCACUACCACUCUAUUAUGACUAUUAGAAAAGUGUGGACACUGAUUCUUUUAACAUGGCUUUUCUCAUGCCUAGAAGUCACCAUUGGGAUAGUGCAAAUAGUUAUGUUACCCCUCUGUGGUGUUGACAUUGAUAAACUCUACUGCUCAAAAUGGGUGGUAGUGAAGCUCUCAUGUGUUGACACAACUCUGAACAGUCUAGCUGGUUAUAUUGUCAUAUUGUCAAACUCUUCUCAAACCAUUGUUAUCCUGAUAUCGUAUGUGAACAUCAUCAAAGCAUCUUUACAUUCCCAGGCAGGAAGAAGGAAGUUCAUGCAGACCUGUCUGCCUCAUUUGAUCAAUCUGGCUAACUCUGUGAUUUCUAUCAUCUUUGAUUUGAUUUACACUUGCUAUGGCAGCAACCCCACUCUACUGGCCCUGAGGAAUAUCAUGUCUGUGGAGUUUCUAGUUGUUCCUCCUCUGGUAAAUCCUAUCAUAUAUGGGAUGAACCUCAGUCAGAUUCGGAACAGAGUUCGACAGAUGUUUAGCUGUUAA